AUGUCUUCCCCACUUUCUGCCGAAGAUGAAGACAUCUUCGAGCGUCUUCAGCAGCGUGCCGAUCCGAAAGUGCUCGAAGAGCAACAGCAGGCCGUGAAUGAACGGAUCCACGCAAUCUACCAAAAGGCGCAGACCCGUCUCGGAGAACUGAUUGACCAGAAUUCCACUCUCCCAUGUGUUAUCUCGUCCGUUCAGAUCCUCAACGCACAUAACACGCGUAGAAGCUUUCUUGAACGGAUGUUCAACCCUCUCCUAAGCUCCAACCAGAAGAGGCCCUAUACACUUUCCGAAGUCUUACAGGAAGUCUCAGCACGUGCCGACAAACUAAGUAGAUUCGAUAUAUUCCAGCAGCCGGUAUCUGUGUAUUUGGAUCAAUCACCGGAAAGAAACGCACAAACAGGGCUACCGAAUCUUGAUGUGUAUGUUUCAGUCAAAGAAAAGUCCCGCGUCCUGCUAAAGACAGGAACUGAUCUCGGUAACACGGAGGGGUCCGCCUAUGGCAAUCUGCUCUGGCGAAACGUCUUUGGAGGUGCGGAAAGUUUAAAUUUGAAUGCGUCCCUGGGUACUAGAACGAGGUCAGCCUAUCAGGCUACAUUUGAAACACCCAUCCUUAGUGAUCCGGACUUCCGUCUGGAGUUUGGCGGAAUCGCCAGCUCGACACAAAAGUCUUGGGCAAGUCAUGAGGAGGUCUUGAAAGGAGGCUGGGGCAAGCUCCGAUGGAUAAGCCAAUCCGGUCAUAACCAUGAAAUUGGGUACAAUGGCUUUUGGCGACAGACGACCGGUUUGGCAGAGAAUGCAUCUCCAACAAUCCGAGCAGACGCAGGGGAUAGUGUGAAGAGUAGCUUCUUUCAUUCCUGGUCAAAAGACCGCAGGAACAACCCACUUCUUCCAUCUCGUGGCUACUAUGCUAAAGCUUUUAAUGAACUAGCCGGUUGGGGCCCGCUAAAGGGAGAUGUGUCGUUCUGGAAAUCCGAAAUUGAAGCACAAAGCGCAAUUUCAAUCCCAGUGCUUGGUAUCAAAGGCGAUAGUGGUAUCAGCUUCACCACCGGAUUUCGUGCUGGUCUGCUCUAUCCUCUUGGAUUGGAUGUCGAUGGCAGACCCCAACUUUCUCGAACUAGUGACCGCUUCCUUCUUGGCGGCCCCACAGAUGUUCGUGGUUUUCGCCUCUGCGGCCUUGGACCUCACGAUGGGCCUGAUGCCGUGGGAGGCGAUGUGUAUGCUGCUGGAAGUGCAAACUUGCUUCUUCCACUCCCCCGGGUUGGUGCGGAGCGGCCCUUGCGACUGCAGGCGUUUGUGAAUGGUGGCCGGUUGUUACCUCUCCGCACCGCACAGAAGAGCUCGCCAACUACUGGCUCAGAAGUGAAAGAUGCUAUGGUUUCUACACUUUCCGAGCUCGGUAAUGGAAUGCCUAGUCUCUCAGCAGGAGUUGGACUCGUCUACGCUCAUCCAGCAGCCAGGUUUGAGUUAAACUUUUCUUUACCGCUGGUGCUGAGGAAGGGCGAAGAAGGUCGAAAAGGCUUGCAGCUCGGGAUUGGCAUUAACUUCUUCUUUCUACUCCAUGUUGCUUCGUCGUUGUCUGAAUAUAUUGAUACCGCAAAUAUUACGCUGACGCCCGUCACUUUUUAUUACCCGCAACAGCAACCCUACGGAUCCCAGGCUUCUGCACAGAACCUUCAGUUCUAUCCUUCUUCGUACGGGUCCGUGUCCGGGCAUACUACCCCCUCUCAAGCCUCCUAUGGUGGAUUUAGUGCAGGUCCCAACCCGGCGGUCCAGGCGUAUCCUGUUGGAGUAGGUAGUGGAUAUGGCGGCUUUGGAUCUCCAGCUGCUGGUGUUAGUGGGAGAAUGGGCGAACAGGGCGGUUUGAGGACAGGAUGGCUUGCUGCAUUUGGCACAGAGGGAUAUGAGGGGGAGCCACCAUUGCUGGAGGAGUUGGGGGUAAAUUUCGAACAUAUCAGGACUAAGACAUUAACCGUGCUCAAUCCUUUUGCCCGGAUCGAUCAACAUCUCAUGGAUGACAGCGAUCUCUAUGGAGCACUUCUUUACAUCGUCCUCUACGGAACAUUCCUCCUCUUCUCCGGUAAAGUCUUUUACGGCUAUAUCUACGGGGUCGCAGUUUUCGGAACUGUUGCUUUACAUUUGAUUCUUAGCCUUAUGUCUCCGGCCCUUGAUACCACUCACGCGCCCAAUGCUACCGACCCGGCAAACUACGAUCCUCAUCACAAACCCUCGUAUUCCGAGUCCUCGGCCGCUGGCCAUUUCUCGGCAACCCUGACGUUCCCUCGCUCCGCCAGUGUACUAGGGUAUUGCUUCCUGCCGCUUGUGCUCACUAGCCUCGUUGGGAUAAUGAUCCCUAUGGACACUAUGUUUGGUUACCUGUUGACCACAGCUGCCGUAGGGUGGUGUACAUACAGCUCCUCGGGAAUGUUCUGUGCUGUUGCGCGGAUGCGGGGGAUGAGAGGCCUGGUAGCGUAUCCAUUGGCGCUGUUUUAUGUUGUUUUUGGAAUCAUGGGGAUCUUCUCUUCUCGCGGCAGUGGGACCUUAGCUGCAAAGACAGGUGCAGCUUGA